AUGCUGCUGGUGCUGGUGCUGGUGCUGGUGCUGGUCCUGGCGUGGGCUCGGAUGGCGGCGAGUGGGCUGGCGGGCUGGCGAGUUAGCGGGCUAGCGGGCUGGGUCGACUUUCGCAAGGGAUGUGCGAGCGGCUGGGGCGUUUGGUACUCGAGCGCUCGAGCACUGGGUCACUCAAGCUCAGGCACUCAAGCACUCGGGCACUCGGGCACUCUGGCACUCAAGCACGAGCACUCAAGCACUCGGGCACUCAGACACUCAGACACUCAGGCACGACCGAGCAUGUUAGGUCUCAGGCACUCCGGCACGAAGGAGCACUUUAGGUAUCAGCUCUGA